GAGUUGCCGUCGCCUUCUUCUCUCGGCGUAGUUCUCUGGAGUCCCAAAAAUGGCGAACGUGAUGUUGGAGUUUAAACCUUCUGCCGGUGACUCGGAGCCUCAUAGUCGCCCUGUCCUUAUUAUUGGACAGCUGAGCAACCUGCAGCAAGUCAACUGGAGCCAAAUCAAAGGAAAGCUGCAGCAUGCCGUCAGCAAAGAGACCUGGCAGGCAGCUCUCGGUACUUUGAACCCAAACCCCACGGACAGCUGCUCCCUGUACCUCAACCAAGCCGCUGUGGCUGCCCUUCCUUCACGCGUCAGCAGACACAACAGCCCCUCUUCUGCCCACUUUCUUUCUCGCAUAGUUCGUUCUUGCCUUCCUGGAGGCAGCAAUCGUUGCAUUGUGAUGGUGUGUGAGCGCUCAGACGUGUUUGCUUCCAGCUGUGCCAUUGCAAGGGCUUUUCCCAUCUUCUCACGCCGCUCCACCGCCUCACGCAGGACCGACAAAAAGCAUGUAACUGUGGAGUUUCUAAUUGUUGGGAACGACAGCAGUUCUUUGGAUCCUGCAGAACUUGAGUGUCUCUCCAACACCGCCGAUGGUGUUCGGCUAGCAGCUCGGAUCGUGGACACACCAUGCAAUGAGAUGAACACCGACCACUUCCUGGAUGAAAUAAAAGCUGUUGGAGACGAGCUCGCCAUCACUCCAGUCAUCAUUCGUGGAGAGGAGCUGAAGCAGAGAGGGUUUGGAGGUAUUUAUGGUGUGGGAAAGGCAGCAGAGCAUCCUCCAGCAUUGGCAGUUCUGAGCCACACGCCGGACGGGGCGACCCAGACCAUUGCAUGGGUGGGAAAGGGCAUCGUGUAUGACACAGGAGGACUUAGCAUCAAAGGAAAGACCACCAUGCCUGGGAUGAAGAGAGACUGUGGGGGGGCGGCUGCCAUUUUGGGAGCCUUUAAAGCCACUAUUAAACAGGGCUUCAAGGAUAACCUUCACGCGGUGUUCUGCCUCGCUGAGAAUUCAGUUGGACCCACAGCCACUCGACCUGAUGACAUCCACACUCUGUACUCUGGAAAGACCGUAGAGAUCAACAACACUGAUGCAGAGGGCAGGCUGGUGCUUGCUGACGGGGUUGUCUACGCCUGCAAGGACCUGUCUGCUGAUAUCAUCUUGGAUAUGGCCACACUGACAGGAGCUCAGGGAAUCUCCACAGGAAAGUACCACGCUGCUGUGAUGACCAACAGCGAGCAGUGGGAAGUGGCUUGUGUUCGUGCCGGCCGCAGCAGCGGGGAUCUGGCUCACCCUCUGGUCUUCUGUCCUGAGCUGCACUUCAGCGAGUUUACCUCCGCUGUGGCUGACAUGAAGAACUCUGUGGCUGAUCGGGAAAACGCCCAGAGCUCCUGUGCCGGCCUUUUUAUUGGUUCUCACCUGGGCUUUGACUGGCCCGGCGUCUGGGUCCACGUUGACAUCGCCUCCCCUGUUCAUGCUGGGGAGCGUGCCACUGGUUUUGGCGUUGCUCUGCUCAUGGCCCUCUUUGGUCAGGCAUCAGAAGACUCCCUGCUGAACAAAGUGUCUCCUCUGGGUGCUCCUGCCAGCAGGGCUGAAGACGAGAUGGAGCGUGACUGCAAGAGAAGGAGACUUGUUUAGAAGCUGUUCACUCCUCUGCUGGUCCACUGCCACAACACCCUUGAUUUCAUUAUUUUGUUUUAAACUCGUCAUGUGUGAGGCUCUCGCCUUCCUACUGUGGUUAUGUUCUGCAGGAAGGUGUCAGCGUGUUAGCUUCAGCAGAGAUUUCCUGUAACCGUAUUAAUUAACAGGUUUCAGAUUUGACUUCAUACCUCACAAGCUUUAGCUUUCACUGAGAAUUUGAUACUUUAUGCAAUCCAAGGAUAACGCCAUACAUGCUGUCUUAGAAAUUGUGAAAUGUAGAAAUUGUGAAAUGUACUUGAUUGCACAGUUCUAUUUGCUGUCCAUGACAAUUGUCUUCAUCUUGCUUCGAACAGUUGUGAUCCUUGCAGCUCGAUGGAGGACUCGGUUUACACUUUCAUGAUGUUGGAUGGGCUUGAUCGAUCUUUGUCUGAUUGAUGCACAAAUACAAUCUUUUUUGGGGGGUGCCAACUGUCUUUUUUUGUGCGUGUAGUACUCUAUAAAAGCAUAUUAUCUUUAAAGUUGACUUUUAGUCUAUAAAUGCACUUUUUAUUCUGAUAAUCUUUGCAUUUUCUAUAAUAAAGUCUCCGAACUGCG